GCAAUACCAAAAACAAAAUUGAGGAUAAAGACGCAAGAUAUUAGGACGCAAUCCUUUUGGUUAGAAAAAGCUACGGACAAUCGCCGUGACAGUUGUAGCACCGCCUCCCAGGAGGUCCAAAAUCAAAGAUGAACCUGUAUGAGGAGCUCGCGGCUGACCUUGGGCAGCGGCGGAAGCAGGAGCAGUCGCUUAUCGGUGCGAUGCUGUUUGUGCUGUCGGGCAUGCUGCUUUAUCUACUCCUGACGUCGCUUUACUAUCUGGCGAAAAGCUAGUAAGAUAUACUGAAUCGAAAAGAACGUCCUGGUGGUACAACAAGCUUCAUUGUUUCGUUUUGUGUUCGAUGUUGAUGCCUGGGUGGAUCGUCUACACAGCACAGCAUUGGCAUUGUUUCACACUCACUUCUAAGAAGCAUCGAUCCCCGAAAGCUAUUCCAACACCUGCUCAUUCCAACAAUCUUGUUCAUUUAGAUAUUCCGUUUCCGAUGAAUGUCCACAAGAUUGUACAGGAUGCUUUCGCACCAAGAUUGUUUCGAACGAUUUCCCCAUUCUGGUCCCACUCCAAGAAUGAUUGCGACCGUGAAGGCUGAAGGUGGUGAUUACCAUUUAUUUUUAUGCUUGAUAGAAAAGAAGAUUGAUACUGCGAACGAGUCUCGGAGGAGCUACACAUAUUUGCAUCCUUCAUAAAGAAUCAAAGGAAGAUUGACUUUGACGCGAGUCAUCGGAAUUCUAGCUGGAAGAUGUCGUUUUGCAGAU